AUGUUGCCCCCGGUUGACAGCAGCGUCUUGCAGAAUAAUCCCGAGUUUGCAACACUCUACUCUAGAAUCACAACGUCGGUUUUGAAUUCAGACGGCUCAACUAAAAAUGGCCCCGCCAACAAGGAGCGCAGGGCGGUGACAGAGGAAUUGAACGAAUACCGGCUACGGGCCGCAAAACACCAUAUUUUGACAGACGCGCUGUGCAAUGUAGCUCCACAGUCACAGCUAACCCAGCACGCACCAGCACCGUCCCUAACAAGACGGCUACGGCCACCACAAGGGGAUGCAGGAACCCCAAGUGAUGUUUCUCCAGCACUGCUAGACUUGCUGCUCCUUCUCCCACCCCUACUAGGGGGACCAUCGGAUCUGUCUCCUGAUGAUGCUGCCAUCUUACUAUCCAACCCACCAUUCUCCGACUUCCCGACGCACCUACCACAACUUGCCCGGCUCAUCUCCACGACUCUGCAUUCCUCAGCAGUGCACCUUGCACGACUUGCUAAUCCCUCUACCAACCCGUCCUACGUGCACCGCUCCAUACCGGCUCUCCCAGCUCACGCUGCCUCGCUCGCCGCCACGGUUACUCACCAUAAACAAAAACUGACACUCGCCCGGCUGGCCGCGGCGAGAGAACUGACAGCCCUGCUCCAAGAUCAAACCAACGUGAUCUCACAACUUCUGCGGGUACUAGAAGCCAAGCACGGGCCCAUAGCCCGCUCACUCGAGUUCCGUGCUACAGAAACGGCGCUCACGGCACAACGACAGGAAGCCGAGGCCGAGGUUGCAUUGUGGCAGGCACGUCGAGACACGUACACGCCCGAGGCGGCACAGGCGUUGGCCAACUAUGCAGCGCACUUGCGGGACGCGAAAGGGAGGUUGAAUGAGUCGAUCCGUACGCUCGAGGCCGAGCUCACUGCUUAUGGGGUCACGAGGGAUUCUGGUCCUGGGCAGGACGGUGGGACGGGUUCGGCUGGCAAGCAAAAGACGAUGAGGGAGAUGGCGCGGGUGUAUCAUGACAUGGGGCGGCAGGUGGAGGAAGUAAGAGGUGACCUGGAGCGAUUUGGACGAGGUUGA